AUUCAGUUGCCGGUCGUCAUCUAACAAGAUUUUUGUUAGACUAAUUUAGACUAGUCUUAUAAAUCGACGGAAAACAUUAACCGGAAAAUAAAGUUUUUUUUUAGAAAAGCGAGCAGUAAAUUUAAAAAAAAAACUAUUCAAAGAUGUCCGAAGGUCAAGAGAACAACAACGGUACAUCAAUUUUCGACGAUAAAACUAUUUUUCCUGAUCUUCCCAAUGGACCGUUAACAAUCUAUCGACAGCGUGCUAGUUUCAAUUAUAAGAAACUGGCACUUAUAUUGGAACCAGAAGAUUCACAGCGCCUAAAACACAAAAUAUGGACUUUUAUGGAAGGUCAUCCAGAAUUUGCAAGAAGUAAUUCCGCUCAAACGUUGGAUGAAUUAAGGCAGUUAGCUGUUCGUCGUCACAACUUAAUCCAUGCUCAAAAAUUCUGGACAUCCUUAGAUUUUAUACAAAAUCCUCACCUUGACUUGAUUUACUAUCAAGCACUUACUGCGUAUGGUGAUUUUUGGGCUAAAGCAGCUCUGGGUGUAGCUGUGUUCACGUUCGUGUUGCGUGCUCUAGGCACCGAAAGACUUCAGAAGUACGUGGAUGCGUGCGAAAGAAUGGAAAUAUUUGGUGCAUUUGGAUUGACCGAAAUCGCACACGGAACGAACACAAUGGGAAUGCGAACAACAGCAACGUAUGAUCCGAUAACGAGUGAAUUCAUCAUUCAUACGCCAGACUUUCAAGCAGCCAAAUGCUGGAUCGGAAAUUUAGGGAAAACGUGUACACAUUGCAUUGUGUUCGCACAACUUUACACAGCCGAUGGCAAAUACCAUGGACUAAAUGCAUUUUUGGUUCCAAUCCGGUGCCCAAAAUCUUUGGAACCAUUUCCUGGUAUAUUGGUUGGUGAUUUGGGCGAAAAAAUUGGAUUGAAUGGACUUGAUAAUGGCUUUGCAAUGUUCGAUCAAGUCCGCAUCCCAAGAGAAAAUCUUUUAUCGCGAUUCGGUGACAUAACGUCGGAUGGAAAAUAUGUAACGAAAAUCAAAGAUUAUCGGAAACGAAUGGCUGUGACAUUUGGUACCCUAUCCGGUGGACGCGCUAAUAUAUGCGGAUCAUCAACUGUGUACUUAGUCCAGGCGGUGACGAUCGCCGUCCGAUAUUCAGCUAGUCGAAGGCAAUUCGGACCGGAGAAUAGUUCAGAAGAAAAUUCUGUUUUAGAGUAUCAAUCCCAUCAAUACCGUGUGCUACCUCAUUUAGCUACCGCUAUCGCAUUUAAAGUAUUCUCCCAAUGGUUGUCGUUGAGUAUGAAUCAGUCGUUGAUCAAGCAAAUGAUGGGCGAGCCGAAUUCGAAUGCAACUGCAAUGGAAUUGCAUGCAUUAUCCUCAGCAGCAAAGCCCUAUUGCACAUGGACCGUACAACAAGCGAUUCAAGAUUGCAGGGAAGCUUGUGGUGGUCACGGUUAUUUAAAGAUCGCUCGACUCGGCGAACUUCGCAAUAAUAAUGAUGGUAGCAUUACAUACGAAGGCGAAAAUAAUGUUCUCAUUCAACAGACCUCAAAUUGGUUAUUGAGCGUUCGAAAAAGUGGAUAUCAAUCAUUUGGCAAGGUUUCUCCACUUGGUUCUGCAGUGUUUCUAAAAAACUUCGAUCGAGUGAUAAAUCGUAGAUCGAAUUACACUAGCAGCGACGAGGCUCUCAGGCCGGAGAAUAUUCAAAUUGCGCUGGAUUGGUUAUGUGCGUGGUUAUUGGAACAGACGGGUCAGCGAUUCGACAGUUUAAAGUCAUCUGGUAAAUCAUCAUUUGAAGCAAGAAAUGAAAUGCAAAUUUUCUAUGCCAAAACUCUUUCAACCGCCUUUGCCGAGAGAACGGUUUUCAAUGUAUUCUAUGAACAUAUUUUGAAUUUGGGCAAUAGCACGGAAACUGCAAACGAACGGGCUCUAUUACUGCGCGUUUUAUCAUUGUACGGUGGUAACAUUUUAAUGGGCCAUUCAGGAAUUCUGUGUGAGGGUGGUUUCCUUGCCUCACCUGCAACGCUUUCCCUCUAUAAACAAGGCAUAUUGGAGAUUUUGUCAAAAUUGAAAGACGAUGCAAUAGCUCUGGUAGAUGCUAUAGCGCACACGGAUUUCAUCAUUGAUUCACCGUUGGGAAUGAGCGAUGGCGAAGUUUAUCGUCAUUUGCAAUCGAAAUUAUUCCAAAGUCCUGGAGUUUUUGAACGACCGCAAUGGUGGGAAGACAUGAUACAUUGGCAAAGCUAUGUGAAGGCCAAACUUUAGGUUUGUAGUUGUUGUAAGUGGUUGUUAAAUACAAUUUGG